GGGACCGGGAGCUCCUGCCCCGGCGUGCGGCCUCGGCGCUCCACCAGCCAUGUGGAUGCGGGAGGCAGGGAGACGGGCCCGCCUGGAGACGUGGAGCGAAAGUGGGCGAAGAAAAAGGAAUUGGGAUAUAGACUACCCAUCCUUUCCAGGAGAGAGUCCCCUGCAGUGCAGAGAAGCAGGUCUGAAGACAGUGGACGCAGCGGCCACCCUUUCGGAAGCCUGGCUCAGGUGUGGGGAAGGAUUCCAGAAUACUUCUGAGACUCCGGUGUUAUCAGCUAAAAUGAAGACUAUUACAGACAAGUGUCUUGAAUUAUCCCCUAGACCCAAAGAGGAAACUUCCCCAUCUAAGAGUGAAAAUGUGUCUGCAGAUUUAACAUGGAAUUCCAGUGGAAGUGAUCUGUCAGAUGAAGAUAAGAUUCUUUAUAAAUCACAGAACGAUAAUGGACAUAGUUAUAAAAUAGACAGGUUUUGUAACAAGAAUGCUUUAUGUCCAGAAGAUGGGGCUAGUGAAGAUGAACUUCAGUUUAUUGACUGGGAGAUUGACAGUGACAGGGAAGGUGCUGAUGAAUGUAAUGAAUUUGAAGAAGGUGAGAGUGCUGUGGAAAUAUCAGACUGUGCUUCUUGUGCAAGUAGUUGUUUGUUGACAAGUGAAGAGAAACUAUCUGAACUUCCUAAGACAAGUUCUACUGAAAUUCUGGAGUAUUCAUCAGAAAGCGAAAAAGAAGACUCAGAGAAUAUCUUAUUCAUUGAUUCAGAGUCCCCUCACAAAUAUGAAGUGGAUUUUGGAUCAAAUUCAGGACAGGUUAUGGAGAAAGUGUUUGGCCCACGGAUGAACUCUACAGAAACUGUUUUGUGUACACCCCAGAAACAGACAAGCAAGUUUUCCAGGACCCCAGAAGAUUCAGCAAAGAAAAAGAAGCUUAUAAGAGGUGGACUAGCAGAAAGACUAAACGGUCUACAGAAUCGAGAGAGAUCUGCCAUUUCAUUUUGGAGACAUCGAUGUGUUUCGUACCAAAAGUCAGGUGGAAACUCCAGUGUGCUGAUUGUGAGAAUUCUCGAGAUACAUGAAGAAUAUGCCAUGCAGGUGGCCCUCUGUGAGCAGUUAGGGAGACAGCAGGCCACCAGCCCUGACCGAGGUGUGGCCCCCAGCCCCAGCCCCAGGGCCUACCUGAAGGUUCUCUUCACCAGGGAGACUGCAGGUCUCCUCAGAGGGCGUCCCCAGGACACUGUUCACAUCUACCCACCCUGGCAAAAACUUGUAAUUCCAGAUGGAAGUUGCCCUGUCAUUCUGAAUACUUAUUUUUGUCGGAAAGUUGGUGCUAAAGAAGAUUCAGAAUCAACUCGGGAAGAGCGUUGUCAGGACACACCACUUCCAAGAAGAAUCAUCACUUUGCACCAGAUGUUUAGGUGUCAGGGUCUAGCAGAUAUUUCACCUGAAAGUCAGGUGCUGUGUGGGAGUGAGGCCCCUCAGGGGGCAGGCCGGACCCCUGCGCGCUUCUCAGCCCACACCCUGCAGAGAGAUUCCCUCCUGGACGUGGUAGACAGCCAAGGAGCCAGCCCACGGUCAGGAGUCCGUGUCCGGGUGGUGGUGCAGAGAACAUAUGCUCUUCCCAGCAGAGACGGCGCCCAGGGUCGGCAGGGAGGCAGCCCCACUGCUCUUCAGGCCCACGCAGACCCGCCCGGGGCUCGAAUCUGCCUUCUUGUGCAAGAUGCCUAUGGGCUGUUUGGCGAAGUGCAUGUGGAGGGCACUGUCUUGAAGGACAGGCAGUUGGAAGGGAAGCCCUGCAGCCUGGCAGGGAUGAAGAUCCUACAGAAGGCCACCAGAGGCAGGACAGUGGGGCUCUUCAGUUUGAUCGACACCAUGUGGCCUCCAGUGAUGCCCCUGAAGGCCCUGGGCCACAGCCAGUCCUGGGAAGAGGUAAAAACUAACCUGCCUCCUCCUAGCUUCUGUUACAUCCUUACAGCUCAUCCAAAUCUGGGGCAAAUUGAUGUAAUGGAAGAAGACCCCAUUUCAAAGCUUUACCAACCUGCAGUCCCCCGCUGCUUAAGGGAAAUUCUCCAGGCUGAUGAUGUUGGCACCCGCUGCAGUUUCUACGCCCAAGUGAUUUAUCAACAACCACAGCCCAGAAGUUUCCCCGCUCUGGAGCAAAGGGAUAUCUGGUUGAUGGUGACUGACCUCACCCUUCAAAUGGAGGAUGGGAGUGACUCCGGCCUCCCCAGAACCGUGCCGGUCCGAGUGGCCCCCUCGUGCGGGCUGAGCCCAGAUGUCCUGGGAGCGCUCACCACCGCCCCCCUGCCCAGCAUCUUCUUCAGAGACGCUCUCCGGCAGCAGGGUUGGAUUGUUUGUGUUGAACGAUCUGUGCUCUUGCUUCAGAAGCCCCCUUUGUGUGUGGCUUCUGGGGCUUGUCCCUCUGAACUGACUGGCCCGGUGAAGCUAGAUGAACUGGACGCUGUCACUCAGACAAACUCCAUUUGCACUGUGCAAGGCACCGUGGUCGGCGUGGACGAGAGCACUGCUUUCUCAUGGCCUGUGUGUGACCGAUGUGGUAAUGGGAGAUUGGAACAGAGCCCAGAGGACAGCGGAGGAGCCUUUCACUGCGGCCAGUGCUCCCAGGAGGUGACCUCUCCUAUCCUCAGGAGGCACCUGGAGAUCUUCCUGGACUGCCCCUCCAGACCUCAGUGUACAGUGAAGGUCAAGCUGUUGCAGCCAAGCAUUGCCUCCCUCCUGAGCCAUGCUGCCGGUGAUGAUGGGAGUUAUGAAGUGAAGAGUGUCCUCGGAAAGGAGGUGGGGUUGUUGAACUGUUUUGUCCGGACCAUAACCAACCACCCGGCCAGCUGCGUUGGACUGGAGGAAAUUGAGCUUCUGAGUGUGGGGAGAGCCUCCGAGGGACACCAGCGGUUGCUAGAGUAUCAGUGAACUUGGCAGUGUGGCUGCAAGUGUUGUUUUGUUGUUGGUGGUGGUGCAAGUGGUAGUUACGUGUUAACUGUGCAGAGUGAAUUAUUUUAUGGUCUUGAAAUAAAGUUCACUUAGGUUUUUCAGGGGCAAAUGUUAGUAGAAUGGUUUUGUAAACAAUAAAUAAAAAUACCUUUUCUACGA